CAAUAAAUAUAUGCUCGUGCACAAAAUACAUUAUGACAUUUUUAUGUGUUGCCAGACGAGAACACAAAGGCUCAUAUCCUUUGCUGUGUGUUUCCUUCUGGGACUAUUGUGCUUCUGUCUAUCGGCGAUUUAUAUUCCCGUGUUAUUACUUAAAGCGAGAAAAUUCGCUUUGCUUUAUUCCUUAGGGAGCCUCUUCUUUUUAAUGAGCUUCUGUUUUUUAUGGGGAUCAAGUUACAUCAAAUCAUUAUUCAUAGCUGAGAAAAGAUGUUUCACGGUAUCAUACUUUGCAACAUUGACGGGCACACUUUAUUUCGCUUUGCAUUUGCAAUCGACUCCUUUGACCAUAUUAUGCGCUAUUCUACAGUUGUUAGCGAUGCUGUCAUUUCUAAUAAGUCAUAUACCAGGAGGUACAACUGGUCUCAUGUUCUUUACAAGGAUGUUUAAAUCGUCGGUAAAAUCCAGUUUACCUGUAUGAUAGCAUUAUUUGCUCUUAGGACACUUUGUUUUUAUAAUAAAAAUUAUAAAAAUUAAUUCCUCAUCUUGCAAAAUUUCUUGACGUAAGAUAUAUAUUCAGAGGAUGAGAAAGGAUAAUGAUGAAGAAAAAUUUUUUAUAUUUGUUACCAUUAAGAUUAAUACACAAAAGACUGACUUAAA